CAGACAUCCUUCUACCGCAUCCUUCCAAUCCCAAAUCCUUUUGUCUUGGCCCACGAACUUAUGAAAAUCCCACAGAUUUAAUCUCUUGUGAAGCAAAUAGGACCCCUUUCAUAAGUCAAAAUAUUGAUCUGAACUCCUGGGCCGACUGCCUAAGAGCCUGGCCCAAUCCACCUGAAAGCUGGACUACAUGGUAUAACAGAGUAGCAAAAGCUCAUAUGCCUUUGUGGCAGGAGUUAAACAUAACUGAUGCACUUAGUUUAUCAUUGUCUCCUCUCGACAAAGAUGAAAACCUUCUGAAGACCAUCGGCUAUUUUUGGUCUGACGCUCUGAACUGCUUUCUCUUUGGUCACGGACCCAUGACCCCUACUCUGCUGGACGUUACCAUGAUUACUGGCCUUGACAUCGAAUCUCCCAAUCCUGCUGCUCACAGAAUGGUAGAAGUCCCCUUCAAACUCUCAUCCAAGGCAGACUGCACAAACUGGAGCACUUACAUGAACCAGCACAUGAAGACAAAAGGCUCAGUAACUAAAAAGGAAUACACAACCUUCUUAAAUCUCUGGCUAGAACAUUUCAUUUUCUGUGGUCCUUCCUUAGCUCAAACUAAGAAUUACCUCCCUUUGGCCUACCAUCUGGCUCAUGGCAACCGCACCGGCCUAGGUAAACUUUUCCUUGGAGAAACAUACAGAUAUCUCCAUUUGAUGACAACUAAUUUGCUCAACCAAAAGAAACUCAAAACCAGAGGCCCUUGGUGGUUUAUUCAGUUAUGGGCACAACUCUACUUUCAGCAUCAGAUCCCAAAUUUUCAAAGUCUAACCAAGAAUUCCUUCCCUGAUGAGAAUGGCAAUCCAAUUAGAUGCAAUAGCUAUGGCCAAGCUCUAUUCAGUCUUCCUGGCAGUAAACUGAACUCAACAGAUGCAGCAAACUGGUUUAGAACUUUCUACAAAGGCCUAGACAAUCCCCUUUAUUUUCCAUUCACCGAAUCUGAAGCCUUUGAGAACCCAACUGCCUUCAGGCUGGAUAGUUUUGCCGAUGACGACAGCACUCGGCAUCUAUAUUCUCUAAUGAUCCGACUUGACUUCCUUCCUGUCAGCAUAAGCACUUCCAACAGAAUCAUCAAACCAGGUUAUGAAACCUAUCAACCGGUCAUAGCAGCUCGGCAAUUCGGCCUAGGACAAGUCCCUCCCCACUUCCAUAUUCACCACUUGGUGGAGAGUAGAGCCGAUCUACCUGACGGUCUUACCAGUUCAAGAUGCUACAGCAUGUUUGAAAAUCUCCACAUUCCAAUACCAGCUGAUCUAUCUUUCAAUUCCUCAUCAAUCAACUUUAGCACAUGGUGGGGAAUGUGGAAAACUCAUGUAUUCAGAAAAGCUCUAGGUCCUCGACUGCAGCAAAUUGAUCCUGAAUAUAUGGUCCCCGAAGAAGAGGUACUGACUCUAUGCACUUUUUCUUUCUAAAUUCUCCACCCCUUCACUUGGCUAAUCCUUGCUCACCUCUCUUACAGCAACAAGAUGGUCCAGAACUUGUGACCAGUAACGGGGAACCAUUCCACUUUCUUCCAACUGCCCCUGAUGUUAUUUUUUGCAAGGGAUCGCCGUCGAUGAAGAAAGUAAUAAUGACUGUUCAGCCAGACAUACUACAGUCAGCUUCCAAGCGGAGACAAAUUUCUGCAAAUGUUGCCCCCGAGUCCCGACUAAGAAAAAGAAGAUCAUCGCGAGACGAAUCAUCAAGAAAACAGCACAACCUUCCCCGAGUCCAUCAGAAUCUAACUCCAACCAGGACAUAGUCGAAGACAUCCCCAGUACUGAAAGGCCAGAACAACAUGAAUCAUCUGCAACUCCUGAUGCUCUGGUGGAGACGCGUGACGAAUAGGCCAACAUAGCUAAUGCCCUUGUCAUUGCCUCAAACUCAACUGGAACGAUCGCACUUGGUCUGACCAUUACUUCCUUUUCAGAACAGGGCUUUGAUAUUUCAAACUUGCUCUCCUUUGACCCAGCAUCAAUGGGUCUGACUACCCCUGGAGCAAAAGUACCAACUCCACAGCAAUCGGCUAACCUGGCAGAUCAGCUUCAACUCAUCAAGGGUCUGCUCUCUGCUCUAAUCAGUACCCUGGUCGAUGACUCCAGAGAAAUACAGAAAAUCCUUGACCAGAUAGAAUCCCAACUCCCAGAGUCACUUCGGGUCAAGCUUUGGCCAGCCGACCAUCUUCCCUUCUUUCGGGCAGAAGUGAAAGCAGCGCAACAGAGAAUAGAGUUACGUCAUUCUCAGAUCCCUCUGAAAGCCGACAUUGCUCAGAAAUGCAAACUGCUCAACCAAAAGAAAGCAACUCUGGAUGCUAAAGCUGACAUCUCCGAGAGUACAAGGCGACUCAACCUCCUAGAAAAAGAACUGAUGGAACUAGAAGAAAAGGUCUGCACCACCCGAAGACUAAUCCAAGAGGAGAAAGCCUCGAUUGCAAGCUCCAAGCAAGAAGCCCAGGAAAUGACCAUUAGCUACGGGCAGAGUUUGCAGAGAUAAGCACAUUAAGCCAACAGAUAGUAGUAGGUGAUGACAAAGAUGAUGAAGCGAUUAUCGCAAGAGCCGACGCCGUACGCGCAGAAGCCAUCCAUGCCAUAGAAAAGUUCCUGAACUAGUAGAACAAUUCAGAAAAUAUUUAA